UUUCGGCUGCUCUUACUCAUCAGUUCGUUCGCCGAGCCUGGUGGAGCCAAGUCGAGUAUUUGCGUUGAAACGGUGGAUCCUCCGGUGCGGUAGGAUAUGGGCAAGGACAAGAAGAAUAAGGCGUCCAAGCACAUCCGGUGCGACGUCCAGUUCGACGACAAUCCGCAGGGUGUGUUCCGGGCGGGCGAUACCGUCAGCGGGACGGUAGAGAUACAGCUGGACAAGCCCAAGAAAUUUCGAGGAAUCGCCCUACGCAUCAACGGUUUCGCGGCCACGUCCUGGAGCGCGAAACUGACAGGAACGGAUGCCAAAAAUGUAACCAGCAAGAAAAAGGCACACUUCAACGGGCGGGAGGACUACUUCGGCAGCAUCACGUACUUCGUCGGCUCGGACGUGGGCAACCCGCUCGAGGUGCUGGCCGGCGUGUACCGGUACCCGUUCACGUGCGAAAUCCCCCCGAACGCCCCCUCGUCCAAGGAGGGCAAGUACGGCCACAUCCGGUACGUCGUGAAGCUUUCGCUCGAGCGACCCUGGAAGUACGAUCACGUCUUCCAGGUGCCGUUCAUCGUGCAGAGCCAUGCCGAUCUUGCCCUCGCCCCGGACCGGAUGCUACAGCCGGCCCGGGCCGAAAUUGUGCAGACGUUCUACUUCGGCCUGACCGAUCCGCUGAUCGUGACCGCGACGACCCCGCGCACCGGCUACGCCCCCGGCGAAGUGAUCGAGGUAACGGUGCACGUGAACAACCAGAGCAGCGUGGACGUGCGCAGCAUCGCGGUCAAGUUCCAGCGCGUCGACACCUUCCUGAGCCAGGUGCCGGUCGUGCAGCAGCACCUAGAGCACACGGUGCUGGAGGAGCGGACGAUUGGCCGGGUGGCCGGCCGGAACGAUGCCGUCUUCGAGGAGAACAUACUGAUCGGCUCGACCGUACCGUCCGACGAGGAGCGCUGCCGGAUCAUCAUGACCCGGUACGAGGUGGAGGUGAUGAUCCGCCCGGUACGGUCGCGCAAGAAGCUGCUGCUCGCGCUACCGAUCGUGGUAGGCACGGUCGGGCUGCCGAAGACGCUCUACCCGAUGCAGCUGCUCGAGAAGGAGCGGGAAGCGCUGGGGCUGGAUCGGCCACCGCUUACGCCGCUACCGCUGGAAUCACCCCCGCCCUAUCCGGACGAUGCGCAACCGUCCACCUCGAGGGCGUUCGCGGCGGACGGACCGACGGCACCGACCUCGACCGAGGAGCACGAGUUUGAGAAGGGUUCUGAACCGUACACGCCGCGCGAUUUCGACGAGAAUGACUAAACUUAAGACCGUAAGCAGCUAAGAUGUGUGAUAUGUAUAAAUAAAUUGUUAUUUCGAAGGGAA